CACACACACACAAGUCUAAGCUUAAAGUUGUAAACGAAGUUUUUUUUAAGAAGAUAACAAAAACAAUUGCAAGCGUUUCAGAUAACAUGGAAUAUGAGAGUGUGUUGAUUGUCAAGCCUGAGGUAUUUAUAUACAAAAUACCGCCACGCGCAAGUAAUAGAGGAUACAGAGCGGCCGAUUGGAAUCUAAAAGAGCCCACAUGGACGGGCCGCAUGCGUCUGGUGGCCAAGGGCACGGCUUGCAUUUUGAAAUUGGAGGACAAGACGAGCGGCGCACUGUUUGCCAAUUGCCCCAUCGAUACAUAUCCCGGCGUGGCCAUUGAGGCCGUAUCCGAUAGCUCACGAUAUUUCGUGAUACGUGUACAGGAUGACAAUGGACGUUCGGCAUUUUUGGGCCUGGGCUUUGGUGAUCGUUCCGAUUCGUUUGAUUUAAAUGUCGCGUUACAGGAUCACUUUAAAUGGGUGAAAAAUCAGGAAAUAAUUGAAAAAGAGAAAACUGAGCCCAAGCAGGAGUUGGAUUUGGGCUUCAAAGAAGGUGAAACCAUUAAAAUCAAUAUGCGCAUAACGAAAAAAGAUGGCUCCGAAGGCAGCUCACGCACCGGCAAGGGUAAAACCUCUGGUGGAGUGCUACCACCACCACCAGGUGGCUUAGGCAAGAUUGCACCACCACCGGCCGCUGUGUCGCCAUCGUCAGUGCGACAAAGUCCAGGCUCCUCGCCAGCGCACAGAGCUCCACAAGCUGCGGGCGCUGGAACUGAGUGGACCGAUUAUGCAUCAGCUGGCGGCAACCAAGGACAACAGAACACAGCAAAUGCCAAUUGGGUGCAGUUUUAGGCUAGCAGCGGCGCCACAUUUAAAUGUCACGCACUUAUCCUCUGUUAGGCCUGACGCGCGUUGAGAGCGCGCUGCAGCAGCGCUGAGCUUAACGAGAUUCAUCACAAGCCCUGGGAGAACAUAAAGCUAAGCUUAGUUAUAUGAACUCUCAAAGUUUAUUGUCUGUUUGAAAUUUAGUUUUGCUGUGUUGCCCUCUCGGCGUCUAGGUCUUAGGGCUCUUUAAUGUAUUUUAUUUUCCUCUUUACACACACACACACACACACACACACACAUACACAAAAACACACACGCAUAAAUAUCUCAAUGAAAAAAUAAUGACCAACACACUUAUACUAUAAAUCGAGACCGUCGUCACUGUUAAAGUUGAAAUUUAUAAAUUUUGUGCAUUAGUUUAUUCUUUGGCUGAUCAAGAGUAUUAUAACUAGCAAUGUUUUAAUAGAGUUUGAUAUACAUUUAACUAAACUUAAAAGAAAAAUGGAAAAAAUUAACAUUCCGACUAGGACAAGGCAUUAUAAUUAGUAUUCAAAAAAGAAAAUAUCGUUAUCGUUAUAUUAUGGUUAUGCAAGACGGCUUUAAAAUCAAUUUGAUAAUAAUAUAAUUUUGUUUAUUUGCUCUACACACACUCACAUACACACACCUACACAC